AUGCUCCAUGUAUGCCUUCGGCGUCUUCAGGGGGCAUCUGCACCUCAGUCCGUGUUGAGAACCCUACAGCGCCUGCGCCAGCAGUAUCAGCGUCCUCUUCAACGUCGGGAGACGCCGAUGGCGGGGUGUGAAACUUCGCUAAGUAAGCAGAGGCUUGCGGACGAGGCGCUGAAGCUCCUCCGGCGAGAGGUGCGGGGAAGCGACAUGCUGUCGGACGUAAGUGUGGUCUCGUCUUCCUUUUGUAUUGAAGUCGGGAAGUUGUUGAGCGUUGCUGCAGCGUUUGGGGCCACUACUACAACACAGCGGGUUGCGGAGGCACUUCAGUGGGUGCGGAUAAACAAAUCCAGUUUAUUAACCACACGGCAGGUUAUGUCCGUUGCGAUGCCACUACUUAAUCUAAAGGAUGGUAAGUCGCUCGGGCGGCAGUUUGUUAUGGAGGAGCUCAUUACCCCUCUGUUGACCUCGCUGGAGGCGUCGGUUUCCACCGCAACAAUGAAUGAGGUCGAGAUGAAACAGCAUUACAGUGCCAUUGUCUCUGUCUUCAGCCUUGUUAACAGACUUUUAGAAUGCGACGACAACUGUGGCGUUGGCGAUGCCGGGGGCGGUGAGACUAAAGAUAUAGAACCCGAGGGACCCUCUGUGGGAAUGGCGGGUAAGACGUUGGCUUCGGGGAGCGCAGCCUCUGUCCUACGCAGGAGUGUUGCAGAGUUAUUGACGAAGGCGGCGGACGCUCUCUUAUCGGCAACCGCGUCCGCAUCCUCAUUUGACGUUCAGGAUUGCACCCACACUCUCCUGGCGUUUCAGCGCUUUGAGUCUCUCUGCAGCGAUGUGGAUGCUGAUGGCGUCAAGGAUAUGGAAGAAAUGCACGCGGUUCUUUUGCCCUUGCAACCGGUACUAGGCACAGCCUUCGGAUCAUGCGCAUCGGGUGCAGCAAAACGGCCCGGAGACCUUUGCCACUUACUCUCUUGUGCGUUGAAGUUAAAGCACCGGGAGAGUAUGAUUUUUUUUUCUCGCGGCGCUGUCUCUUUGUUGCCACUCGCUCUUGCUUCGGCGACAGUGAAGGAGAUGAGCAUGGCGGUGUCUUUGUUGGUACGUCUGCGUAGUUGCGCACCGGAAGUUGCUGAUGGACUACUGGUUCAGCGCAUAGUUGGCGCCAUGCGACCAAAGCUAUUCUUGCUCGCGGAAACCCACCCGGAGACUCUUCGUCACAUUGAGAGCUCGUUACUUCUAGCCAAUCUCACGCGCCUGGACACGGAGGUUUCUGAGGACCUUGUGAACCUUCUUUGCAGCUCUUUUGCAUCUCAUAUGGACUCAGUACAACCGUCUCAUCUCAUUCCGUUUCUUCAGGGGCUGUGUCGGUUCGGUGACUAUCACACCCGGUCGGUGAAGGAUGAGUCGUAUGUGACUGUUUGGGAUGCCCCAUUAUUGCCUGCCGUGCUUCCUUGCCUUCGUCGCUCAGCCGAUCGCGUUGUUACAUUGGCUUCGGCGCGGGCGGUUACGACUGUUGAGGCGGCACAAUUACUUCUUCUCUUUUCACAACUCCACUCUGCCUUGUCGCUCACUGUUUACGCUUCACUGGACUCACAACUUGUCGGGGCAGCUUCCAGGUUCGUAGAGGUGUCGAAUGUUACAUGUGAUGAGAGCAAUGACGGAGUUAGUGACGGUCACGCGGUAAUUGGACAUGAGGACCCGAGUGGGGUAUUUACUCUCAUGAAUGCUCUUGAUACGUUCCGUGAAAAGUGUGUGCCCGUGAGACGUGAAGAGGAGGAGUUGCUCCUGCGUGCCGGGGAGCUUUACGAGAUGGUAAGACAAGGCGCCAUGGGAACCGUAAAGGAGAUACAGGACCCCAAAAGUCUUGUCAAGUUGCUCGGCGUUCUCAUACCCGGAUUAGGGGCCCCAUUUCCUGCGGGAGAGGAGGAAACUGCCGUGCAUAACUCAGCGGCCACGGUUACGUAUUCACCUUCCGCGCAGCGAUCUUUUGACAGCGCCGCCAAUCAAGUGAUUCGUCUUGCACCGAUGGCGAAUGCUUACGAGGUUGGGGCUCUCGCUAAAUACACAAGGGAGCUGCUGUCAAAGGACUUGAUUGGUGAGGCGGUGGCGCGAGAAGCGAUGAAAUCUCUUGUUGAGCAGUCGGGCCGUGUCGAAAUGACACUGCACGACAUUCAAUCUCUCCUCGACGGGAUGCGGCAAGUGCGGGAAGUACAAAUAUCGGCGUCGCUCUUGUGGCGGGCAGGGACACUUCUCUCAACGGCACCGAAGAAAACAACGUCUUUUCUUCGGUGUGUGUUGCCGAUUAUAAAGAAUGCGGCCAUAAAACCCUGUGAGAAGGAAGCCCUUUCCGCGCUGAAACGAAUUGCCAUGCAGAAUGCACGUGAUAUGCUAGAGACGGAUGUGAUGACAAUUUCCCCCCGAGAUGUUGUUCUUCUUGCGUACACGUUAGCGCAGCUGCAGGCUAUCUCAUCGGAGCCCGCUGCGGAAGGGGCUGAUGAUUCUGAGGAUGUGGACAGCGAUGCUGCGGAAAGGGAGGUAUCAAGUGAUUUACUGUCUAAGGGUGAUGAUUUCGGGGUUGUUCACGACACCUUUACGAUGAUAGGCGACGCCGUCUGUUUGCAGAUGCAGCAGUCACCGUACUCGUGUGGCGUGGCGACUGGUGGUGGAUGGCAAAUGACACCGCAAGAGGUUGUCAUGCUUGUACAAAGUUUUGAGAAGGUGGAGGUGGGGCACCACUCCUUACUAUACGAGUUACUGCCACUCGUUCGCGAUAUGUCGCCCGCCAUGGGGCCGUUGGAGCUUUCUCUUCUUCUAAGUGCCUUUGCACGUUUAGGCGUGUGGAAUGGCCGUAUUCUAAACACCCUCGCGUGCAAUGUAGCGGAGCGUAUGCAAAUGUGCAGCCUGAAGCAAUGCCAGGUCGUUCUGCAGGCGUUACAGUCCUCGCGGUUUCUUCGCCCCACUGUUUUUUUGCCAUCGGCAGAAUACCAGGAGAGCUCGUCGUGUGACUGGAAACCGGUGUGUACGCCAGAUGGUUCUGCUAAUGCAGAUCCGCUGGUCACACUCGCUGUGAGUAUAGUGAAGCGCAUGGAUGCACUAGUAGAAAAUAUGGACUCUGUUUCCACCAUACUGGAAUCUUAUACGUUGAGAGAAAUUAUGGCAUUUGUCAGCGUUCUCGGUUUUUUUGAGCAUCCUCCUCAGCCGUCUUUUGACACAUAUAUGGCCAUAUGUGUAAAGAAGCUACUGUUGUCUCUCAGGACGUUGAGUGGCAACGACGUGUCCUGGGAUUGUCGCCAAAAUUUAAUGGCAUGCGUUUCCCUUGCGGGGUAUGUGUGUAAGCUUCGCAAGUACAGCCACCAGUGUACAUCUGCGCGAGUUAUUGCGGGUGUGCUCUCACCUCUCUAUAUCGAAUCUGCGACACUCAAAGCGGGGCUGCUCCUAAUGCCUGAAGAGAAGCUGUCAGAGCUAUAUUGUUACCGUUGUGCGUAUGCCAUGCUUUACGGUGCUGCCUUUGCUGCUGAUGAGGCCUCACUAUUUCUUUUGCCGCUUUUUGAAAAGUUGAAGGCACCUGAAGUCUCUCAGGACGCGCGGCGUGUUUGCAGAGCACUGCGUUCCAUGACAAGGAUGUGCUCGAGGGAUGCCGGUGACAUCUCCAUGGUGAGCGAAAUUGUGCUGCACUGCGCCAGCGCUAUCCAUGAGAGAAGACCCGGUAACAUGGGAGAGGGUUCUGAAGAAGGUAGUGUGGGUGCCGAAAAGCCAUUCGUUCUCCAACGGAGGGAAACAGUUGCCUUGAUUGAGUCGCUGUGCGCUGCCUGGCUCUUCCGUUCACGGUCGGAUGAGCGUGAUCGCUCUUUCCUCGAGGUUUUGAGGUUUUCCGUAGAUAACAUGCUUCGUUUCUACCACGGUACUGGCGGUGGGGAGGACCUACGGAUUGCUACAAAAGAUGUCGGAACUUCCAUUUCUGCCGGGGAGUGUGGUUUAGUGCUGUUGGGCUUAGCUAUCACCGGAGCUGCUACUAACACCUGCGAGGCGAUGCACGCUAGCGCCUUGCCGCAGCUUACUGAAUUGCAGCGCACCAUCCUCAUGAAGGAACAUGAUCUGUCGGUGCACGAUUCGGUGAAUAUUCUCCUCGCCAGGGCGCUUUGCAGUGAUGAUACCACUGUUUGUUGGGAGGUGGUUGAGUGCGCAUCGCGUGCACUUCAAAGUCAGAUGGGUAAAACUGACAGGACUGGGCUGUGGCUGCAUUCCGAAUUGUAUCGAUUAGUUACAGCUGGUGACGCCUGCUUUGUAACUUAUUGCGUUGGUUUGCCUGAAGGUGGCUGCCGCACUGUGUUUGAUACAUGCGUUAGGGUUGUACCCGCUCUCCUCCAUGCCCUGAGAUCAGAAAAGCGGAAUAUAUCACCCUCUCUUAGCCUGCAUUGCCGUGUUCGCGUGGCUGAGUGUUUGCGGCAGUUACUGCAGCUGGCACCAGAUCGGGAAGGUAUUGAUGGUCUGGUUGCAGCCCUUGAGGAACUUGUGGAAGACGUGGGAACCUCUUAG